AUGCCCCUAGAUGGCUCGUCGUUCACGGCCUUGAACCUCCCGCCCACAUUCGCCCUCCCCCAAUGCAUGGAAUACUUCGAACUGACCGCCGGCCCGAACACGGACCUGUGGCGCAAGCCGCCUAACGGCGACACCUCCACCGCCCCGAUCGUCUUCACAUCACUUCGACACCCAUUCGUCGUGGCCGAGGUCACCGUCAGCGCGGACUGGGAGAUGGAAUGGGAUCAGGGCGGGCUAGUGAUCUUCGCCGGCGCCGCGCCCCAGUCGUUCUCAUCGGAUGCGCCAGCGCUCACCGCAGACCGCCGAUCAUGCGCCCGACCACCAUGCAAAUGGGUCAAGGCCGGCAUGGAGUUCUCAUCGGGGACCGUCAAUGCGUCGUCCGUGAGCGCGACGGCAGACGGCGCAGAUUGGUGUCUGUCGCCGCUGGUGCAGUCCGUGUCCGGGCCGGGGAUCCAGUCGCUGCGCAUCAAGCUCGAGCGCAUCGGCCAUGGCCUUUGGAUCUGGUACCAGGUUCCAUCGGCCUCGCCGUAUGCGAUGACUCCGGGGGCGGUCGGGAGUACGUGGAAGAAGCUGCGGGAGGUGACGUGGUUCUUCUACGGCGUGGAGGACAAGUUCGUGCAUGUGGGCGUGUAUGCCAGUCGGCCGACGAAUAUUGCGCGCGGCGAGACGAUGUGGGAUGCGAUGCACGGGCUGACGCUGGAGAACUCAUCAGCGGCUGGGCCGUCCGACGGGUUGGUCGUUGAGUUUGAAGAUCUGGAAAUCUUCUAG